UCAUCGAGUUACUUAUCACGGUGAGAUUAGAGUGAAAGAGUUUGGACCCAGUUAUUUAUCUUAACCAGUUGUGUGAGCGCUAUUCAUCAGUCAUGCGGUUCUACUUCGUCCUUUCCGCGUUUAUUACCCUUGCAGCGGCACUGUAUCAGCCGGAGCACUAUGUGCACCAAGUGCCUAGAAAUUUAUUGGCACAGCCGGGCGAUAGUACAGACCUGAUUGAUUUUUUGAAAGCACAACUCAACAAGAAAGAUGAACAACUCAAGCAGGAACGAGAAGAAAAUAAGAAGUACAUCAAGAUGAAUGCCGAGCAAGACGUACGAAUUCAGAACUUGACAACGGAAAAUAUAUUAUGUCAAAAAGAUAAGGCCCAACUGUAUCAAGAAACGGAGGCGAUCAUACUAAUGUUAUCAAUCAGAAGUAAAAUCGAAGUAACUGAGGGUAUUUUUGCUCAACAUUUAAAAAAAGGAGCUAAAUACAAUACCAUUAAAGAAAAGAUCACGUUUCAUGAACAACUCUGCCAUACGAUUCUACAGGGAAAAACUGACGGAGCGAUAAGAAUUCAGAAAUUGGUAAUACGAUCAGGUAUAAACAAAGAUACAUUUUGCGAGUACUGGGGAGGAUUCUUCUCGUUGGGGUCUGAACCCGCUCAAACUACAAUGGUAUUAGGUAAAUACACUGUGAGAGACUUAAAAUCCGCUUUAAAGAGGGCCAAUUUUCAAGAAGACGCCAAUUUUAUAAAAGUGGCUGUUAUAAUCAAGAAAAUUUAAGAAGGGUUUUAGCCACUUCUGUCAAUAGUAUUAUUUUGAUUCAUUUUAUGUUCGAAAGGUUAUUUUUUUUAAUGAAUAUUUACUAAUUUGGAGCAGUUUUAAAAUCAGUAAACAUUGCAAUAUUAGUUUACUUUUGUAAACUUUUGUGUACUUUUGAGAAAGUGUAAUGAAAAAAUAAAAAUACGUGUAAACAUUA